AUGGACGCAUGUCCUUCAGCUCCAGCAGCAGCUCACAGUCCGGUCACUGUCCUGCUGACGCUGUCCUUCCUGCAGGACACUGGUUUGGGGAUGACAUCUCCCUUCAGCCCAUUAAUGAAGCUUGCUGAAUAUUCUUCCUCCAGUGAUGAAGAUGAAGAGAGGACUAGGUCUCCGUUGAGCGGUGUGUGGCCGCUGUCCUCCAGAGAUCGCUGUGAUCAGAUCAUUCUUCAGCCUCCUCACAGUGUUGAUCAGCAGCAGUGUUUGAGAGAUGCUGUCAGUUUCAGGCUGAUUCAGAUGUUGGUGUUUCUCCAUCAGAGGCCUGCAGGAUCUCAGUCCAGUGACCGCUGCUUUCUGCCCGACCUGCUGCACCAGAGCCCCUCACACCAGCAGCAGAGCGUCCUCGAGAAAUUAUUCAGUAACCAGGCGGGAAAAAGCACUUCGUCUUCCUCUUCCUCAUUCUCCCCUUUCAUUGACCCUCGUUUGCUGCAGAUCUCUCCACCUCAGAGUCCACAGGGAUUCGUCCAGCUGAACGGCAGGUACGAGCCAUGUGUCAGACAGCCUCACAGGAAGGGCUCGAUGGUGAAUGUCAACCCCACCAACAUCCGUCCUCAGAGCGACGCCCCGGAGAUACGCAAAUACAAGAAGAAGUUCAACACUGAAGUCCUCUGUGCUAGUCUGUGGGGAGUGAAUCUGCUGGUGGGCACUGAGAGUGGUCUGUGGCUGCUGGACCGCAGUGGUCAGGGUAAGGUUUACUCUCUCAUCAGCCGCAGACGCUUCCAGCAGAUGGACGUGCUGGAGGGGCUGAACCUGCUCAUCACUAUAUCAGGUAAGAAAAACAAGCUGCGGCUGUACUACCUGUCCUGGCUGAGGAAUAAGAUCCUGCGUAAUGACCCCGAGGUGGAGAAGAAACAGGGCUGGACCUCCGUGGGGGAACUGGAGGGGUGUGUGAGCUAUAAAGUAGUUCGCUAUGAGAAGAUCAAGUUCCUGGUCAUCGCUCUGAGGAGCGCUGUGGAGGUCUACGCCUGGGCUCCCAAACCAUAUCACAAGUUCAUGGCUUUUAAAUCGUUCAGCUCGCUGCCCCAGAAGCCCCUCUCAGUCGACCUGACGGUGGAGAACGGACAGAGGUUAAAGGUCAUCUAUGGCUCUCACUCUGGGUUUCAUGCUAUCGAUGUGGAUUCAGGGACGCCCUUCGAUCUCUACCUGCCCAGUCAUAUCCGAGGUUUGAUUCGGCCGCAUGCCAUCAUCAUCCUCCCCAGCAGCAGUGGGAUGGAGCUGUUGGUGUGUUAUGAAGAUGAGGGAGUCUAUAUUGACACCUAUGGCCGCAUCACCAAGGAGACGGUGCUGCAGUGGGGGGAGAUGCCCGCCUCCGUGGCUUAUCUUCAGUCGAAUCAAGUGAUGGGAUGGGGAGAGAAGGCCAUCGAGCUGAGAUCUGCCACCUCGGGCAGUCUGGAGGGAGUCUUCAUGCACAAGAAGGCCCAGAAGCUCAAGUUCCUGUGUGAGAGAAACGAUAAAGUGUUUUUCGCGUCGGUGCAGUCGGGCGGAUGCAGUCAGAUCUACUUCAUGACGUUGGGACAGAGCUCUCUCUUCAGCUGGUGAUCGUCUUCAUCAGACUACAGACUCCACUUCACAUAACCGACCAUCUGUUGAAUCAGACUCCAUGUUCUUUUCAGUUUUCUGUAUUAACAUGGAAACAGUUUUAAUAGAGGUGAUAUAUAUGUUUGAUUUAAUACAUGUAAAGUAAUUGAUGUAUUGCGUUGUCUGACAGUGUCAGCUUUUGUCUCGAUCUGUGCUUGAACCAUGUUUUACAUUUUAAUUGUAUCAUAUUAUUCCCAUGUCAAAUCUGGCUAAAAGGACUUAAUAUUUAGUCCUUCAUUAUAUUAUUGUAUAAUAAUAACCAUGGCUGGUACACGGUGAAACGAUCCUAACAGCCAGCAGAGUGACUGUCAAAUAUCAUGAUUGAGGACUUCAUGUGAGCAUCAU